AUGGCACCGUCAGAUGACUCAGAUGAUGAGAGCGAGCAUUUGCCAGAUUUUGUUACGAAUUACCAUUUUAUAGACGACGAGGAUGUACCUGUCUCUUUUCAUGUUUUGCCAAUUGAAUGGAGUGAGGGUAAGAGGCAGGAUGGCAAGACUCGGCAGAUAUCUAUGCGUGGCACUGCUGAUAAUGGGCUUCAGAGAAUAUAUAUGCAGGUUAUCGCAUGGAAGUUUGACCUUUCCAAUGUGGAUCCUGUGAUCUCGGUGCUCUCAAAGGAAAAGCACUGGGUCAGGCUUCAGAAGCCAAGGAAGAGCUUUGAGGACAUAAUAAGGUCAAUCUUGAUAACAGUGCAGUGCCUUCAUUAUGUGACGAGAAAUCCUGAGACAUCCAGCAAAUCUUUAUGGGAUCAUCUAUCUAAAGUUUUCAGCUCGUAUGAGGUCAGGCCGUCGCAGAAUGACCUGGUGAAUCACAUGCCUCUAGUUAGUGAAGCUAUUAAAUGGGAUGAUGCCUUAGCAAAGUCCAAGGACAUUCAAGCUACAGAAAAGCCCGGGUUUAUAGUUGAUGACCUGGAAGAUUAUGUGAUUGAUGUUGAAGACGAGUCCAAUGAUGAUGACAACCUGUUUGAUUCUGUUUGUGCUUUUUGUGAUAAUGGUGGAGAUCUUUUGUGCUGUGAAGGGAGAUGCCUAAGGUCCUUUCAUGCAACUGAAGAGAGUGGUGAGGAAUCUAUGUGUGAAUCUCUUGGCUUUACACAGGAUGAAGUAGAUGCGAUGCAAAAUUUCUUCUGCAAGAACUGUGAAUAUAAGCAGCAUCAGUGCUUUGCUUGUGGGAAGCUAGGAUCCUCUGAUAGAUCUUCAGUUGCUGAGGUGUUCCCCUGUGUUUCUGCAACCUGUGGUCAAUUUUACCAUCCACAUUGUAUUGCACAACUCGUUUAUCAAGACAAUGGAGUUACUGCUGAAGAGCUUGAGAAAAACAUUUCUAAAGGGGAAUCUUUUACGUGCCCAAUACAUAAAUGCUGCGUUUGUAAACAAGGAGAGAAUAAGAAAGAUCCUGAGAUGCGUUUUGCUGUCUGUAGGCGUUGUCCAAAAUCCUACCAUAGGAAAUGCCUGCCACGGGAGAUUGUAUUUGAGAAAAAAGCGGGAGACGUAGAAGAGGAGAAUGUAAUAAUAAGAGCUUGGGAAGAUCUAUUACCUAACCGUGUACUAAUAUAUUGCACGAAACAUGAGAUAGUUGAAAGCAUUGGAACUCCAAUAAGGGAUCACGUAAAAUUUCCUGAUGUUAAAGAAAAGAAGACUACCAUUGUUAAAAGGAAGACUGGUUUUGACGAGAAAAAGAGAAAAUGGACAACAGAAUCUUUUCUAGAUAGAGAGAAAUCUGUGACAAAGAAGAGAAACCUUUCCUCUGAAGAAUUCCGUAGGGGGCAAACCGCUCCUACAUUGUCUAGACAGAAGCUGAAGUUACCUUUUCCUGCAAAAGUGGGUGGUAGCAAAACUAGUGAAAAAGUACCAUCUCGGUUAGAUAUAUCAAGACAGGUGAAAGUAAAUAGUUCAUUGAAAAAGGAAAUUAAGACUUCCGUAGCCGAGGGAAAGAAGUCCUCGUUGGGUGAUCAACUAUUUGACUACAUGAAGGGGUCUGAGCAAGUGAAGUCAGGGAAGCAGGGUAAACCUGAUGGUGAGUGUAAUUCGGCAACAGUUAAUCCUGCUUCAAAGAAGUUGAGCAGUGAAGAACCAUCUUUAGAUGCAGCUUCAGAGAGGAGAUUAUUGGCUUUAAUGAAAGACGCUGCAUCCUCAAUAACUUUGGAAGACGUUAUAAGAAAGCACAAAGUUCCAUCUACUCAUGCAUUUUCGUCGAAAAAUGCUGUGGAGAGGAACAUUACACUGGGAAAGGUGGAAGGUUCAGUUGAGGCUAUUCGAACGGCGUUACGGAAACUAGAGGAAGGAUGCAGUAUUGAAGAUUCAGAGGCUGUUUGUGCGCCUGAAAUUCUUAACCAGAUUUUUAAGUGGAAGAACAAGCUGAAAGUCUAUCUUGCACCUUUUUUGCACGGAAUGCGCUACACUUCCUUCGGUCGCCAUUUCACAAAGGUGGAAAAACUAGAAGAGAUUGCUGAUAGGCUCCAUUGGUACGUAAAGAAUGGAGAUACAAUAGUAGACUUCUGUUGCGGUGCUAAUGAUUUCAGCAUCAUAAUGAAUAAAAAGCUUGAAGAGACGGGGAAGAAGUGCUUUUACAAAAACUAUGACUUCAUUCAACCGAAGAACGAUUUCAAUUUUGAGAAGAGAGAUUGGAUGACUGUUCAACCAAAGGAGUUACCGUCCGGGUCACACUUGAUCAUGGGGUUGAACCCUCCUUUCGGAGUUAAAGCGUCUUUGGCAAACAAGUUUAUUGACAAGGCUCUCGAGUUCAAUCCAAAGAUUCUUAUUCUUAUUGUUCCACCAGAAACUCAAAGGUUAAAUGAAAAGAAUUCACCUUAUGACCUGAUUUGGAAAGAUGAGCAGUUUCUGUCAGGAAAGUCAUUCUAUCUCCCUGGAUCUGUUGAUGGGAAUGACAAACAAUUGGAGCAAUGGAAUGUGAGGCCACCACCCCUGUAUCUUUGGAGUCGUCCUGAUUGGUCUGCUGAGAACAAGGCUAUAGCUGAAGUGCAUGGACACAACUCUGCAUCACAAGGGUUUAUGGAAGAAGAUCAUUCCGACUGCCUAAUCCCUGAUAAUUCAGUAGUUAAUGAUGAGCAUUAUGGUCAAACACUUGUGCAGAUGGAUGAUGAUCCCAUAAAGACUGAUAGUCCCAAGGAUGUUGCAGGAGGGUCAGUUGCGAUGCAGGUAUUAAAGGGCUCUUGUAAGAUCAGUGUUGACAGAGAUGGCCAUGUGAGUCCUCGUCAUGGAAAGAACCACAUUGAAGAGAUAUCAGGGAAACUGCAGUGUGGUGGCAGAGAAGAGCAUCGAAGUGGUAUGCUUGAGAACUCUUCAGAAAAAAAACUAGAUGGUGUAAAGGUUUCUGGUAGUGAGAUACGAAAGGAAAUGCUGACACACACUGAGCCUGCUGAAAAAGGAAAUCAGCAUUCUGAGCCCAGCAAUUCUGGUUCUAAUAUGGAGAUAGAAACUACUGAUAGUGGGACCCACGCCAACGUUGCUGAUGAUACAGGCAGAAGCUUUGCCAUGAGCAGUGAUGAGGCGUACUCCAGUCUGCCUCGUAGAUGGAGCACUGCUGCCAAUUCUGGUUCUGGUUAUAGGGCUACAAACGUGGAGCAACUGUUUGUGGGGCACAUGAGGGAAAGGUCAGAUCGCCUUGGUUAUGGACCAUAUUUGAAUCAGGUAGAAUACCCAUUUAGGAGGGAGUCUGACAUACGCUCGCAGGUUCGCCUUUAUGGUCAGCCAGAUUCGGAUCCUUAUAGUAGUUUUCUAGUGGGUCAGAAUCCUGUGAGUGGCCAGAUUGGAUCGUAUCCCUCUACUUAUGGCCAUACUCAUUUUGGUUCAGCAGCUGGGUCAUCUUACAGAAGUAAUACAUCAGCCAUGCAGCGGUAUGCGCCUCGGUUGGAUGAAUUGAACCACUUGAGGAUGGGUGCCUUAGGACCUGAGCCUAGUUUAGGAUAUGACCCGCAUGUGUUCAGUAGCAACGUCCCUUUUGAUCCCAGGGCACCCCGACCCGGUCAGCAUGGUGGCCCCAUGGGGUUUGCUCCUGGUCCUCACCAAAGCUAUUCAAGCCAAAAUUCAGCUGGUUGGCUGAACGAGUAA